AUGAAGACUCUGACGGUGCUCUGCCUACUAUUAUUUUGCAGGCUCUGCAUUAUUAGUGCUUUUGGUUCUUGCUUUGGUAGCUGCAACAAUAAAGGCAAAGAGAUCCAACAGAGUCCAGCACAAAGUGGAGAGCUCAGUGGUUUAGAAAAUAAUUUUGAUCAAGAUGAAGAUGAGGACGAUACUGAGCCUGCCCAGUCAAACCUGUCUAAUCGGCGGGAAGAGACGGAUGCACAAGCACGAGAAGAGACUGGCUCAAGAAGACAAUCAACUGAUACGUCUGCAGGUACAGGCCAAGUAACCCCUUCUGGCGAUGAUACUGUACCUUCUCAAGAUAAAUCCUCACAAGAUUCCACAGAGUCACGCGUGGAAUCAAAGAAAGACGUCCCUUCUGGACCUAUAAACGGAAAAGACCAUCUUCCAUCAAAACUUGAGACUGAAGAUGGUGAAAAAGAGGAUGAGAAAACGUAUACAAAAGAAGAGAUAGCUGAAUUCAAGAAACAUUUGACUAACCUUGCCUCGAAAGUCGAUAAGAACAUAUUCCAGGUAGAUGGUAUAAAGGAAGAUAACCUCUUUGCUCUUCAACUUACUCCUAAAGGUGAUAAGGUAACUCAUGUUACAUAUGAUAAGAAGCAGAUAUGGUCUGGUAAAGCGACGUUAGGUAAAUCUUCAAACCUGGUGGAGGCUAUAAUAUAUUUUUAUAAGGAGAAUCCAGCAUUAGUUACUAUCCAGACCAUUAAAGGAAGUACUAAAUCCACAGUUUAUAAAUUCAGUGACGCUAAUGGUUCCUGGCAUGAUUCCAAAGAGGAUGAGUUCAACAAGUUCUUGGAGAAUACUAAAAAACUUGUAGAUAAGUUUAAAGCUCAAGAAGCUGAGAAAGCUAUUCAAGAAGGAAAUGAUAAUGAAGAUGCUCAACAAGAGCCUACCAGCCAGAACACAUCCAGUCCAGCUGCUCAACCUACUUCUCUAUCUGAUCUCAAAUCCAAAGUGAAUACCUCCCUAUUCAAUGUUGAAGAGGGACAAGAGAAUGGCCUUAGAACUCUCAAGCUCACAGCCAAGGAGGGUAUUAAAGCUGAUAAGCUCACAUUCGGGGAUUUGACGCUAUGGCAGGCUCAGAAUGCUGGUGAUUCAUGUUCUAUGGCAAUCUUCUAUCUUGGAAAGGAGGGGCUUGUAGGUGCCUCUUACAGGUUCAAGAGAGCGAGUGAUAGUGUGACAGUGGAAGGUUACCGUCAAUUCUCUGGUGGAAAGUGGCUCCAAGUCCGUGGUGAUGUAUUCAGGAAAUUGAUAGGGAAGGAUGAUACCGUUACAAAUCAGGAAUCCAAGGAGACUACACCUACUCUUAAACCUACAGGUCCAUCAUCCUUUGAUGUGUCAAACCCAGAUGGUACUCAUACGGAUCUUACUAAGAAAACGUACUCUGGAAUCGAACAUAGACAAUACAUUGUGAAAGAGGGAUUUGCCAUAAGCUCAGUUUCGGAAAAGGGUACAGAGCUAUGGAAGGCUAAGGAAGAUAAUGAAAAGUGUGUCUCCAUUAACUUGUACUACAAGAGUGAUGAAUCCUUUCUAACUUUAUGGAUCCUUAGAGGAGAAUCUCUAGACAUUCAGCAUUUUGAAAGGGUGAAAGGCAAAUGGGAGACGAUAGGGCUUGAAGAAUAUAACAAAAAGUUGAAUGGAGUUCCUUCUACUCCACCUACUGAGACUCCUACUAGCUCUGACUCUGAAGAUCCUAAAGCAGCCGAACAGGAAACUACAACUGUGACAACAGAAGUUGAGACUUCAUCUACAUCAGCGCAAAGGAAUGAGGAUAAUGUGGAUGAACCAGAGAAUAAGGAGGAUGUAGAAGCUACAACAUCUCAAGCGGAUACUCAGCAAGUGCCCCCUCAAGUACCGGAUACUCCAGAAUCUAGAAUAUCUCAAAAGCCUGUAAAUUUCCCAAACGAUAAAACUCCGGAGCAAGUUAAAGACAAAGAGGUUCAGGAACUCAACAAGCCUGCCAGAGAUGUUUCCGGACGCAGCUCUGUUACCACUACUGGUUCAUCUCCCGAGGAUGCAGAGAAGCCACUCAGUUCACAAACUACUACCACACUUCCAAGGUCCAGAUACACAGAUCUUUCGAGCGUUCCUCAUACUUAUGGAAAGACUACUACCGAAGGUACUACUACUAUUACACAUACAACGGUUAAAUCUGUGCUAGAGAACAAAAAGGAAGCUCCGGAAGAGAAGCAAGAAGCCGCUUCUACUGAAGCUAGAGCUCACGAUUUUACUGGGAGAGUUUCUCAAUAUAGAAGUUCUGUUGGUCUCACUUCAUCUUUGCAACAAGAAAAGACAAAACUUCUGGAAAAUGAGAAAAAGGAAGAAAAUACUUGUACUUCACAUACCACAACUUUGCAUAAGAAAGCUGAGGAACAGACAAAGUACACGGUCCAGAAAUCUACCACAAGUGUUCAACAGAAGGAAUCAAGGCCUAAGUCAACGACCAGCCACAUCCAGAAUACUAGGAUCCCUAAUAGAUUGCCGUCAUACUACGAUCCUAGUAUUCUGGAUGUAGCUGGUCCAAAUGAAGUGAGGUUUAAUAUAUACAAGAGCGAGUUAGGUGUCAUGAAGUGUCAAGAGGUUUAUCCAAAAUGGGACCUUUCUAUAACGUCAGUAAUGUCUUCUGAAUCCUCUGUAUGGAAGAAAGAAUUCGAAGACGACAAAUGUAGGUUCAUAGAGUCAUACAAGGACGAUGUCUAUCACCUCCUCAACGUCUACAUUAGGAAUGGUAUAGAUGGUGGAUUUAGGCAUUAUCAGUUACAAGAUGGUGCUUGGACUGAGAUUAACGGGGAUACCUUUUCUAGCAUCAUGACGGAUAUGAAAAGUAGAUCUGGAUACAAACCUGGUGAACGCGUUGUUGAGAAGAAACUAGUAAAUGUCAAAGAAGAUGACGUUUCCACUAAUGAAAAAGAAACAGAGAAUGAAGAAUAUGAAGAUGAAGAGUCUACUGAACCUUCGCUAGGAGGCACUGAGGAGAAUGAACAGGAUGAGGAUAAUGAUUCAGACGAGGAAGUUGAGGACCAAGAGGAUGAUGAAGAUGAAGAGACGAAAACAAAGGCCGGGACGGCUGCUAAAGAAAUUACUGUGGUUACUACUACAGAGACCGUGUUCACUUCUACCAAUAAUGCUGGUAACGCUUUCAGAAAGACAACAGUUUCAGAGGAUAUACAAGUUGACGAUAAGAUGGCAGAAACUGCCAAUAUUACUACAAGGACAAAUGAAUUUAAUGGAAGACUUGUAAAUACCACCAAAACCGCUACAGGCGCUAAUGAAAAGGAGACAGUAGACACAGUUGCCGAGACCGAUGUUGCUGACAAGGCGGAUGUUCCUACUGCGAAAACUCAAUCUGUUCCUGGUACUUAUGCAGCUGAAGAAAGGGUCGUAUCUACUCCAACAAAUACAAACGGACUGAAUAGAGGCAACGUGGCUUCUACUACACCUACUAGGAAUCAUCGUACUUAUAGACGGGUUGUAGAUACUUCUACCACCACUGCAAAUGCGGAUUACACCAAUAGAACUAGCAUGACUACGACUACCAGAGAAGAUCGUUACGAUGAAACUGAAAGAAAGACCACUGAGACAACCCCAAGAUAUUCUGAGGGACGUAAAAGGUUGAAUGAUGCUUCUGAAGAUUCUGCUUCUGGUGGUGGUACUUCUACCCAUAGAUCUCCUAAAGUACAGAGUGGUUAUCCAUCUACUAGACUUCCUCAACAGCGACUUUAUGAUCAAUCCGGAUCUACUCGUUAUGGAACUGGUGUUUCUACCUCUACUACUAGAUCUGGUACUAAUUCUGCUGUUAGAGGACCACUUUACGGUGUUUCUGAAGAUGGUGUGCCAGGUUCUGAUACUGAUAAAUUACUGGCAAAGGCCCUGGAACGCACGGAUGAGACUAAGCAGCAUGUUUAUCAAACCGGCGAUGGUUAUACUGUAAAAUACGAGUAUAUAGAAGACAGUGCUCGUCUACCAGAACAAAGACAAAAGCCUGCCUUCACAAGAGCGUAUAGAGGAAGCUAUUCUGUGACUUUGCAGAAUCCACCACCUGUGGCUGCAACAUAUACAAUUAGGAACUAUGCACUUGGAAGAACGUCCAGAAAUUACCUUGAUCGAUUUGGAAGAUUUGUGCCAUCUUACACCUCUGCUUCUGCAAACGGAUUGUCUAGUAGAAGGCCUAGUACUGAUUCCAACGUCGGACGUCGUGUUGCAACAACAGAUCCGUCUGGUAAUAUUGUACACCGUUCAGAAUCCAGUGUACCAAGGAACUAUGGAGUUAAGCCUCCUCCAGUGGAACCUACAAGGCCAGGAACAAUUCCUAGGGUGACCAUCGAAAGGCGGACCAUCAGUAAGCCUUUAUCAGACGUUUUUAAUAAAAGGACUGUUGUAGUGGAUAAACCUGUCUCUCAGGAUGAAUUGGAUACAUCUCACGAUGCCAAGGACCAAAGGGGAAGAAUGAUUAAAGACAAAGAAUCUGACUAUAAUACAUCUGAGGAGCUUGAAGAAACCAUAAACUUUACUGGAAGCGAGCAAAACAAGCAAACGUUUACCAACACUAGACUUCCUCAACAGCGACUUUAUGAUCAAUCCGGAUCUACUCGUUAUGGAACUGGUGUUUCUACCUCUACUACUAGAUCUGGAAGACCUCAAGCUCCUGUCGCUACAACUAGAAGUAAUGAUGUUACUGAAGACCUUGUCUCGACGUCUUCAUGGCUCUCUUCUUUCGACCACCACAGCGCAUUUAACGACACAGGCAAAGCACGUUUAGACAGUUAUAAUGCUCCAUCACAAUCAUCUUACAAACAAGUUAAAACUUCUCAUCUAAGGUCUUCACCUCCGAAGCCCAGAGGAGCUCCAACUUGGACAUCUGAAGAGAAAGAGACCACUGUUUUUGGGCCUACUGCACAUGUAGAAGGCCAUGAGGCUUUACCAGAGGCUCCAGUGAAGGAAGAGUCUAAGCAAGAUGCCCCUGAACUUCCCACUGAAGAUGAAGAAGAGGAUGAUGAGGAAGAAGCAGAAGUUGAGAAGGUAGAAGACUCCCCUGUAGAGGAUGUUCAUGAAGGGGAUGAGGAACCGAAAGCUUCUGAAUCUACACCCAGUACUGAGGAGGUGACCCAUGAUCAGCCAGAGCCCGAACCAGCUACAGAAGAGGAAGAAGAUGACGUUUCCACUAAUGAAAAAGAAACAGAGAAUGAAGAAUAUGAAGAUGAAGACGACGACAACGAAGCUGAGGAGAAUGAACAGGAUGAAUACGAAGAUGAGGAUAAUGAUUCAGACGAGGAAGAUGAAGAACCAGAGAAUACUGAAGAGAAUGAGGUAAAGGAUAAUGAACCAGAAGAACCUAAUGAGGAAGCUCCUACAGAAUCUCCUGAAGAUGUUCAACCUGAGAAGGGACCAGAAGAAGAAUCUGGAGAUGUAGGACCUUCCGAGUCUGAACCCAGUGACCCUAAUGUACCAGAGACUCUUGUAGAAGAACUACAGCCAGAAGUUGCUCCUGCAGAAUCUCCAGAGGAUUCUGAAAAUGACAAGCCGGAGCUAGACGAUAAAGUAGAGUCUGGAGAUGACGAGGACGAUGAUGAAGAAGACGACGAAGACAACGAAUCUGAGGCUGGAGAUGAUGAUAGUGACUCAGACGAGGAAGACGAUGAUGAGGAUGAAUAUGAUGAACCAGAGAACCUGAAAACACAUCAGGAUGAUUCGGAACAGUCUGGACUCGAUACAUUGACUAGUGGAGGUUCGGAAACGAAUAGUGACAACUUUUCUAGCGCCCACAAUUCCAUUACCGAAAUGGAUGAUUUUUUAAAAGAAGAUACAGACUACACACUCACAAAUCAUGGCAAGAAUUCCCUUAGAGCCAAUCGUCUAUGAUAGCUUUGGGACCUAUAGCCAUUAACACACUCUUGAAACCAGAAAAUGAAAGGAUAUUUUU